GUAGAGAUUAGCAAGAUCCUCUGUCGUGCUCGCAUCACGGUACUCAUCCUCUACUAUGAGAAUCAGGCGACACACGAUCACUCCGGUGAUGAAAUACUGCGUCCGGUGACCAAGUGCAACAUAUCCUACAUAUCACUCAGAAAACAGUUCCUGCCCCUGCAUACCGUUCAGAAAGAUGGCACACUUAUGUAUAUGGUAAUGAUAAUCAAGGACAUUUCGCAGCCGUUAAAACUAUCGUUACUCAAUAAGAAAUCGGCCAAGAAGCACUUGUCCCAUGUCAUUCUGGUCGUCCGGGAUGCGGAGAAGCUAUCGCUGGGCUGGAUGCGUGCAAGCUUUCGUCAAUUCUGGACCAUUUGGCUGUUGAAUGUGGUCAUCAUCUACUGGCGCAAUGAUCGUUUGCAUAUCUAUCGCUACAAUCCGUUCACUAAUGACUUUCUGCAGUCGGUGCCCCUCGAGCAGGGGGCGGUGGCAACGUUGCCGCAACUGUUCUCCAAACAGAUACCCAACAUGCAUCGCAAACCGUUGAGGAUGUGCAUCUUCAAUGACAAUGUGAGGAUGAUUUAUGGACCGCAUGGCCGAAUUAGGGGCACAGACGGACUACUCUCCGGGUAUAUAGCGCAGCGUUUAAAUGCCACAAGGAUUAUCACACGACCCAUGUCCUAUUUGAACAAUCUAAGCACGUACGCCUGUAACCCGGAGAUAUGGCAUGAAUUCGAUGAUGUGGCCAUGAAUAUACGUUUCCUGGUGCCCAGUUUUUUCAAUAAUCGCAUCGAGGCGACUGUCGCCAACAGUCGCGAUGAUCUGUGCGUGAUUGUGCCCAAGGCAACGGACAAGCUGCUCUUCUGGAACAUUUUUCGAUCGUUUGGCGACCUGGUCUGGCUAUCGAUUGGAUUCAGUUUGCUGCUCGCCUAUAUCUUUUGCCGGGCACUUUAUACGCGACAGCCGAGCACUUUGGCUCUGGAUCUGUACUGUUGCACAUUGGCGCACCCGAUGGCCCAUGUGCCGCGGCGCAGAUCGAUGUGCUUGUUCCUGAUCUUCUGGUUGUUCUUUGGUAUGCUGAUUAGCAGCGCUUUUCGUGGCAAUCUGACCAGCAUGCUGAUCUAUCGCAAGCCCCAGCCGGAUAUCAAUGAUCUCAGCGAGCUCGCCUCAUCCACCUACAAGAUCCUCAUUCGACCGCGUCACAUUUUCUACAUCAAAGAAUUCCUGGCCACGAGUCAACCGCAUCUGGCGAAAAUCCGGCAACUUAUGCUACCUGUGUCGGAGGAGCAAUUCUCGAAGGCUUUCGAUAGCAAUGAUCGCAGAUUUGCCUAUCUGGAGAAAUAUCACGUUGCCGCAUUCCAGGUGAAUACACGACAGCAUAUGCGUCUGGGCCAACCACAAUUCCAUCUGAUGAACAACUGUCUGGUGCCAUUCCAUGGCGUCUACAUUGUGCCCUAUGGUUCACCCUACCUGGGCUAUUUCAACACCCUGAUUCGUGGUGCCCAUGAGUUUGGAUUUCAUGUCUAUUGGAAUAACAUUAUGAACGCAGAGUUUAUCAAGUCCGGCACCAAGAUGCCACAUCAUCGACAGCAUAGCAGCAACAGUGAUGAUCCGGUCGUACUCAAACUGGAGCACUUUCCCGCCGUGUUCUUUCUAUGGGCCAUUGGCAUAGCACUGUCUCUCAUUGUGUUCUUAUGGGAGUUGCUGGCACAUAACUGGGCCAUAAAAAAGCGCAGAAGCGAACAAAGCAUGCAAACUUAAAACACAUUUUAU